GCUCCAAUGGAGUGGUGGAAGGCCCGUCUCGAGGCAUAUCCUAUUUUGCAUAGGAUUGCGCGCAGAGUUUUUACGAUGCCGACCUCCUCGGCUGAGACAGAGAGAAACUGGGGUGCUCACAAAUAUGUUCACUCCGAUCGACGACAUUAG